GUUUCGGCCCCGAAGUAGGAGUAUAUAGGUUGCCUCUCCAAUUUUUCCUCUCGAAACCCUAGUCCUUCCUUUCUACUACGAUCAGGAGGAGAUCGGGCUGAGGGCGUCGGCAGCGGCAGGCGGAGAACAAUGGUGCACGUUUCCUUUUACCGCAACUAUGGGAAGACUUUUAAGAAGCCUCGUCGUCCCUAUGAGAAGGAGCGACUGGAUGCUGAGCUAAAACUUGUUGGAGAAUAUGGUCUUAGGUGCAAGAGGGAGCUCUGGAGGGUUCAGUAUGCCCUGAGCCGCAUUAGGAAUAAUGCAAGGAUGCUUUUGACCCUUGAUGAGAAAGAUCCUCGUCGUAUUUUUGAAGGUGAAGCCCUUCUGAGGAGGAUGAACCGGUAUGGGUUGCUCGAUGAGAGCCAGAACAAGCUUGAUUAUGUCUUGGCCCUCACUGUUGAGAACUUCCUUGAGCGCCGCCUCCAAACUCUAGUGUUCAAGGCUGGUAUGGCUAAGUCUAUCCACCAUGCCAGAGUGCUCAUCAGGCAAAGGCAUAUCAGGGUUGGAAGGCAAGUUGUCAACGUGCCCUCGUUCAUGGUUAGGGUGGAUUCCCAGAAGCAUAUCGAUUUCUCGCUCACAAGUCCAUUCGGUGGUGGUCGUCCUGGUAGAGUGAAGAGAAAGAACCAGAAAGCAGCUGCUAAAAAGGCUUCUGGUGGUGAUGGAGAUGAGGAUGACGAGGAGUGAGGUGUAGUAGUUAAUUUAGUUGAUAAUGGUAGAAUUCCGUUUUAUGAGGUUGUCUCUCUUGUUCAUGUACUGAUGAUUGCUUCUAUAAACUAUCAGCAUAUCUUGUUGAGACAUUCAGAAUUAGGACCAUUUAAAUUUUGCGUGUUUGUCUAAUCACUGAUUUCAAGCUUUUUUGUUAUUUGUAUUAAGUUGAACUUUUGCAUCAUGUUGUACAAGACAGGUUUUUUCGAUUGAUCUCCAAGGUUAGCUGUUA